AGCUUUGUUACCAAGCCUGGAUCUCUCUGAAGGGCAUACUUGGACCGCUUUUAUUUCUCUGUAACAAUGGCUGCUACAAGUGACAUUCAGGUUAAAGAGCUGGACAAGCGUGCUUCAGGACAAGCAUUUGAGGUCAUCCUUGGGAGUCCUGCUUCAGAUGUCAAGAAUGAGUUCCUUCUCUCCCCUCCAAAGAAGAAGGACCUUUCCUUGGUGGAGAUCCAGAAAAAACUUGAAGCAGCAGAAGAGAGACGCAAGUCUCAUGAAGCAGAGGUUCUGAAGCACCUAGCAGAAAAGCGUGAGCAUGAAAAGGAGGUGCUUCAGAAAGCUCUAGAAGAAAACAACAACUUCAGCAAGAUGGCAGAAGAGAAACUGAACCAGAAAAUGGAGGCCAACAAAGAAAACCGUACAGCAAUUAUGGCAGCUAUGAAUGAGAAGUUCAAAGAAAAGGACAAGAAGAUAGAAGAGGUUCGAAAGAACAAAGAAACCAAAGAGCACAAUGGUGAAGAAAUCUGAAGCUUUUGUUUUGUGUACACCUUUUUCCAAAGAUAUAUUUUUGUCUUUCUCCGUUAAAAAGGUUUCAUCAUGGGCCUUUUUUUUUUUUUGUCAAAAAAAACAAAAAACCAAUGCAGCUUUUGUUUUGUGUAUAUAGCAUUAGUUUUACAACUUUGAUUUAUUAUUUUUUUUCUACAUCUGUGCUAUUUGGACUAGCAUUCUCUUUUUCAGAUACAUUCAUAACUUCUGGACUUGGUGGGGACUUGUGUGCUUAACAUGCCUGUUACUGUCUGCAUUUCUUGAGCUUUUUGCUUUAAGGUUAAGAGCUUGGUUAUGUACUUUGAAAGCACUUGACUGUUCUUUGUACAAGACUGAGAAAAGAAAAGAUUACCUUGUCGACUUUACUGUACAAAAAUAAAAAAUAAUGUAAAAUGA